AUGUAUAAUAAUGACUCAAAAAUCCUGCACAAUUCAGGACUCUAUGGGAAAGGGAUCUUGGAGCUACCGCUGUCCAGUCUCACAGAGGAGUACAAGAGCAGCAAAGUCAGGCUGGAGAUGAUGCUGACUGAGUCCCGAGACCCCUGCAUAGCCGGAAACGCUCCCACCCUUGCAACUGGGAGGAAGUGGACUCCAGCAGCAGCAACACACCAGGCCAAAUCGUCCCUUAAACACAGGGACAUUGUUGGCCAUGUGCAAAGGGGAAGAGGAGGCCUUGGUCUCGGGGAGAGCAAACCUGCCUGGUGCAAGGCAUCGCCAUUACAGCGACGGGGGCUUGUGGUCGAGGAGAUCCGCAGAGAAGAGCAGGCUGCAAGGUGCGCGAGGGCCAUCUCACAGGGAAAGCAAGGACGUUGGAUGUGUUGGGAAGAUGUUGAGAAGCGAAAACUCUCUUGGAAGGAGAUAUGGGACAUGGAAGCUUCCCGAACCAGCUUCCUCCUUCGAGCCACGUACGACGUCCUACCAUCACCAGCGAACCUCAGCCAGUGGUACGGAGAGGAUCCUACCUGCCACCUCUGUUCAUCUCCUGCAAACCUGAAGCACAUCAUGGUCGGCUGCAAAACAAGCCUUGCACAGGGUCGUUACACCUGGCGGCACAAUCAGGUUCUGAGGUGCCUGGCAGCUUCCCUGGAGAGUAGACGAAUGUUCGUCAAUUCCCUGCCUCCACUUCCCUCCCAUCCUCCACCUACUGGGCAAUUUGUCCGUGAAGGGGAGAAGCAACCAAGGAUCCGCCCACCAAAAACAGAGCCCGGACAACUGGCAGCAGCACGAGACUGGAGACUCCUGGUAGACCUGGAGCAGAGGCUAUGCUUCCCAGCGGAGAUUGCCAUGACCAACCUCAGGCCAGACCUUGUGCUGUGGUCCGCUUCAGUUCGAAGAGUCUACAUCGUAGAGCUCACAGUGCCCUGGGAGGACAACCUUGGUGAGGCCUUCGAGCGGAAGAAGCUGCGGUAUGCUGAGCUGGCAGCGGAUGCUGAACAACAGGGCUGGAAGGCCAUAGUCCUCCCUGUAGAGGUAGGCUGCAGAGGUUUUGUGGGCAGAUCGGUGACCAGUCUCCUCAAGGACAUGGGGAUCAGAGGCCAAGCCCAACGCCAAUCCAUCAAAGCCCUGGCCAGGGCUGCUGAAAAAGCAAGUCAGUGGCUCUGGAUAAGAAGGAGAGACAACACCUGGGCUCCAAGAUGAGAUGACACAAGGAGUGUGCAGUCUAGAAGGGGGUAUGGUAG